AUGACAAGUUUGGCAAAUCAGUUUUGUUUAAUAAUUCAAAAUGUCACUUGUGGUGCUCUCUCAGAUAUAAGUGUUGAAAAAGUAUCUCAACGUGUCAUCUCAUCUCAUCUUUUGAUGUUUGAUAAGGGUUUCGUUCACGUUCUCAGUCUGAUGACAUUUAAUAUUUCAGAUGGGGAAGCUUCAAUCAAUGUUCAUAUUAUAAAAUAA